UCAUUCGCUCGACAACAUCAAAUAAGUGAACAACACCAAGUAGAAAAUAAGUUAAAAGUGAAAAAAGUGUGAGAAAAGCAGUGAUAAAUAAUUCAGUGCCGUGUUCGACCCGCCUUGUACAAAAUGUCGAUCUUUGACCAUCCCGACCAGCUGAAAAUGCUGCAGGACCUCCUGAAUCCCAAUCAGAGGAGAGGUGGCAUCGACUACAGCAGCAGCGAGGAUGAGGAGGAAUCCAUGGUGGCUCGCAAGCUGAAUCCUGGUUCAAUUGGGCCAGGUGGAGCAGCAAAUACUUCCGCUAAAGCCAAGCGAAAAAAGAAGCCCAAUGCUUAUGCGACUCCUUUGGUUGAGGAGGAGAAAAAGCAGCCGACGAAUCUGGAGGAAUGGCAGGACCAACAGGAGCGUGAGGACAACGAUAUACUCGAAACUCGAAAGAGUCCCGAGUACACGAUGACCUAUCGGCAAGCUGUGGGCACCGAGGACGUCUUCCUGCAGAUGGGAAAUCGAACGGGUUCCUCGGCGAGCUGUGAAGAUCUCAUCUUGGAAAUUUCGCUGCCAGACGAGGAGAUGGCAGCUGACAAGAUGACGCUCAACUUGCAGGAAACGGAAGUGGAUCUGGGGACUUGUUUGUACCGCCUGCGAUUACCGCUCCCUCAUCCCGUCGAUGUAGAUCGUUGUCAGGCCAAAUACGAUACUGAACUAAAGAAACUGCGGCUCACAUUACGGCUCAAAAGGGAGCUAGACUACGUAAACUUUUAAAACUGCUCUUCAGCAUAACAGGUUCUAUAUUUACACAACACUUCAAUCAACAAAAACAUAACCAUAUCCCAUUAUCUUCACACGCACUACUUAUACACACGCACUACUUCUACACACAUAGCGCUGCCAUUUUUAGGAAAAAUAUAUCAAAAUUUUCUGUGGACCGAA